AUGUCUACAGAUUACAACUAUGACGAGCAGGGACAAUUCUUCCCGUUCUUCAUUCUGACUCUUACUGGCCUUGUCACCCUCCCUCUCACAUACAACCUCCUCAAGCCGAGCAAAGAGCUCGAGAACACCGCACCCCGGAUAAAAUCCGAUUUUAAGCCACAACAUGGCGACAUCAUUGACGCGCAGAAGCGGAAACGUCUGCGCAAACAACGCCGCAUCAAGCGCAUAGUGACUGUGGUCGCUGGCUAUGCUAUUAUGGCAUGGAUGGUGUAUCUCAUUGCCGUCACUGCCAGAUCAGUGCCGAAGAUCUGGGAUCCAUAUGAAAUCCUGGGUAUCUCGAGAAGUGCCGAUGAGAAAGCCAUCUCCAGACACUACAAGCGACUUUCUCUCAUCUACCACCCCGACAAAAUCCGCCCUGACCCAUCCAAGAAUGAGACGAUCGAGACCCUGAAUGACCGCUUCGUUGAGCUGACCAAGGCCUAUAAGGCGUUGACCGAUGAAGAAGUGCGCAACAAUUACGUCCAGUACGGCCACCCCGAUGGCAAGCAGAGCUUCAGCAUCGGUAUUGCUCUUCCCAAGCUCAUCGUCACGGAAGGAAAUGGAAAGUAUGUUUUGCUGGUCUAUGGAGGCAUGCUUGGCGUGCUGCUGCCUUACAUCGUUGGAAAGUGGUGGUACGGUUCCCAGCGCUACACCAAGGAGAAGGUCCUGGUCGCGAGCGCGGGCAACAUCUUCCGGGAGUACAAGGACGACAUUUCCGAUGCCGGCAUUAUCGAUGCGCUUUCAUCAGGUAUCGAGUUCAAGGACAUGCUCAAGGGCUCGCAGGCAGAAGCUGGCCUUGCAAAGCUGGAGAAGAGGGUUCUGGCCGAGGAUUCGAUCCUCUCGCCGGAGCAACGAAAGACCCUUGCGCAGAUGGACGAUUCCACUCGGCGAAAGGCGCUAGCGUUGCUGUGGGCUUAUCUGGACCGGAUUGACCUGGAAGAUGCUACGCUCAAUGGAGAGAAAUACGAGGCUGCCCCAAUUGCCCUGUCUUUGAAUGAGGCAUUCACAGCUAUCUCCCUCGCGUUCGGUAACCUUCGUCCUAUUCUCGGCUCCUUCCGCACAUCUCAACACUUGAUCCAAGCCGUUGCCCCGGGUUCAUCGCCACUUCUGCAACUGCCACACUUCAACAAUGAAGUCGUCAAGGCCAUCGAAGGCGCAGACUCCAAGGACCACUACUCCGUUCAGAAGUUUAUGGGCUUGCCCGAAGACAAGCGACGCAGUCUUACCGUCGGUCCUGGCCUCCUGUCCGAACAGCAGUACUCAAGCGCCGUCGCCGUCGCCAAACAACUCCCCGCUCUAGAGGUCUCUAAGGCCUUCUUCAAAGUGAUGGGAGAAAAGGUCGUUACCCCCAGCAGCCUGGUUCAGUUCGUUGUGAAAGCACGUCUCAUCCCACCCGGUUUCUCGAAUGUUCCUCCCGUCAGCCCCGAAGAUCUUGAGGAUGCCGAUCCCGAUGAAGAUGAUCUCGAUGCCCUCAUGGGGCGGAAGCCCCCCAAGAACCGACCCACCAAGCUCGUCAACGGGAAGCGAGUCGAGAACACGUUCGAGACCAUCCAGCCCCCACUCGCACACGCACCUUACCUGGCUCGCGACCACUCUCCCCGCUGGCACAUCUUUCUCGCCGACUCCAAGCAGGGCAAGAUGGCCGUUCCUCCCUUCACCUUCACCACUUUCGACAAACCCUUGUUUGACGAGGCCGGAAAGCCCACGUUCAACGUGCAAACGCUCAAGAUGCAGUUCCAGGCACCCCCGCAGGUCGGAGACUUCACUUUCAUCAUGCACAUGCUCUGUGACAGCUACCUGGGUCUGGAUACAAAGAUGGAGAUCACUUUACAUGUUGAUGAUCCGGCCAAAGCAGCUGCUCUCGAUGUAGACGACGACAUCAGCGAGCCCGAUGAAGAUUCUCUUGCGGGUCAAAUGCACGCUCUGAAGACGGGCCAACCGCCCAAGAAGAGGGCUAAGAAGGCUUCUGACGAAUCCAGCGAGGAGGAGAGCGAUACCGACGGCGACGCGGGCGAUACCAGCGACACGAACACGGAGACCGACGUGGAUGAUUGA